AUGGCAACGAGUAGAUCAUCGAAAAAUGAAGUUCCUACAUCGCGUAACGAAAAUCGUGUCUAUCCGGUGAAUACCAUGACAAAAGUUUCAAUAAAUGAUGAUUAUAAUCAAUCAAAUGAUGGUGGUUUUGAUAUAUGUGGAUGGAUAUUAAUAAUUUGUUCUUAUAUUCUUAUCGUUUUCACAUUUCCAAUUACAGUUGUUCAAGAAUAUGAGCGAGCGGUUAUUUUUCGUCUUGGUCGAAUUUUACAAGGUGGUGCAAAAGGUCCUGGACUAUUUUUUAUUGUACCUUGUGUGGAUACAAUUAUAAGAGUUGAUUUACGAACAACAACAUUCAAUGUUCCACCUCAAGAAAUUUUAACACGAGAUUCAGUAACAGUCUCAGUUGAUGCUGUUGUAUACAGUCGUAUUGUUGAUCCGGUUGGUUCUGUCACUAAAGUCGAAAAUGUUCGGUCUGCAACUCAAUUACUUGCACAGACAUCAUUAAGAAAUAUGCUUGGAACAAAAACAUUACAAGAGAUUUUAAGCGAUCGAGAAGCAAUUGCUAAUCAAAUGGAAGUUCACUUGGAUGAAGGAACCUCAUCGUGGGGUAUUAAAGUUGAACGUGUUGAAAUUACGGAUGUUCGUUUACCACAAUCGAUGCAACGAUCAAUGGCUGCAAAAGCUGAAGCAAGUGAACAAAAAGCAUCAAGACAAUUAAAAGAAGCUGCUGAUGUUAUUUCAUCAUCCCCUGUGGCAUUACAAUUACGUUACUUACAAACAUUAACACAUAUUGCAGCGGAGAAAAAUUCAACCAUUGUCUUUCAAAUUCCUGUUGAAUUACUCAAUUUAGUUAGACCACAAGGACGUUCGAACCGAAUGAACGAAAUAUUCACUUGA